UGGUGAAUGUUCAUUCAGUAGUCCUGAGGCUCUGUGUUCCAGUCCCAGAACCAAACCAAACCAAACCAAACCAAACCAAAGCAAACCAAACCAAAGCAAACGGGGCGAGGUUGUGGAGAUGCUUCCAUUGCUAUACAUCAAGACCUGAGUUCGAUUCCCUGCAUCCACACAGAAAAUGCUUAGCACGUGCCAUUAAGUCCAGUGCUCUUGAAGCAGAGACAGGCAGAGAUUGGUCUGUUCAAGAACAGCCUGGUCAACAGAGUGACUUUUAGGCCAGCUCAGUAGGCUACAUGUGAGACACUGUCUAAAGUAAAACAAAACAAAAUCCAUAAAACACUCAAAACAAAACCAGUCAAAGUACAAAUAUACAGUUAGGCACAGAAAACAAGUAAGGCUGAAGCACUGUCAUUCUCAGUCAAGCGGCCUGCUGCCUCUCUGAGGAGCACAGUAUCCUGCAGCCAGGCCCUGCCAGCGGGCUGAAGGCAAGCUAAAGGCCAUGACCUGCUUCAGGCACCAAGAGGGCAUUUCCACAGGACCUGAGGGUCGUUUGAGAGGACAAGCUCUGAAUUCCCUUCAGAAGCAGAGGACAAACAUAGGCCUAGAGAAGUAGGGAGCUUUCACCAAGUCAGGUCACAGGGGCAGAGGCAAGGCACGAGGCAGUCCUGGGUCCAGUUGAACACAGUCUCUAAAAGGAGACCAGUAUAACACGCCCUGGCUGAUCCCUACCUAGUAUUUUUUGCUGGAGUCAUUCAGACUGGUCACAGCCUGGUUGUCAUGGAGAUGGCAGAGAGGGCAGUUCCAGAGCUGGCAGGUAGGGGUGGGAGAGGACAACAUGCCAAUAUGCUGAACACUGACCAACUGUUGGUUAGGGCCAUAUCGGAGAGACCAAGGAAGAGCACAGAGCCCUUGGUUCCAGGGACACCUACAGGACUGUUCAGCCUUCUAUCAAACAUCUCUCCGGAGGAGCAGGUGAGGGAGGGCCGCCUUGGGAGCGGAGACAGUCUCCAGAGUCAGAGCUGCCAGCAGCAAAGGUCUUACAGCGCAGGGCAGACAACAAAGAAAGAACGAAAACCCCGGAGGCGCAACAAGAAAGGACGUGGCUCAGCUGAGGCAGAGGAUCUCUUCAGUUCACCUCGGAAGCCUUCCUUCCCUUUCCAGUGGGCCUGGGAGAGCUUCAUCAUAGAUGGCCAGGCUCUGCUUCAGUCAGGCUCCUCUGUGGCCGUGGGCCAUCGAUCCUUGCUCUUCCCUCCAGCAGCCCCCCAGUGCAAGACCAGGCACAAGUCAGUAGCCAACCUCUCAGAAGACCUUCGAGCCUGCCACAAGUCGGAAGUGCAAAACCUGGGAAGGAGAUAUCAGCCUGGGGCCUGGGCCAACCUUUCCCUGCCUCUGGGCAAGGCUGAGAGCCAAGGGCUAGAGCGACCCACCUUCUGGUCAACAGGGAAAGGGUCAGGGUCAGAGUGUGAGGAUGUCUCAGAGGUAGAAGGCCAGAAUGCUGACGAGGCUGAGAAAAGUCUCAGCACUGGGGAACUGCCCCAGCUCCCAGGGCAAGGUUUGACCUUGGAGGAGGAGUUGAUCUCAGAGGUGAUGGAGGAGGAGGAACACAACAGGAGAAAGGGCAGUUCUGUCAACAAGGGGAGGAAUUCUGGAGAGAAGGGCUCAGAAGAAGGGGAGCUGCAGAGCCACAACCAGGGAAGCAGCUCUAACUCCAACAGCCUCCGAAAGUCACCAAAGGGGACCUCAGGGGCCAAGGAAUUCAAGGGGCCCUGGGACCUGGAGCGGCUCCACAGGCAGUUACAGGAGGAAUUGGAAAGUGGUCCCCAGAAGCAGACCUGGAAGGCGUUGCGGGCAGCUGUCCAGGCCUCUGCCAGAAACAGGAAGACCCCCGUCACGGGAGAAGAGGAAAGUUUCUUGACUGCCAACUUCCCUAAUCGUACCUUCCAUAAACGACAGGAGGCCACCAGGCAUGUGAGUACUACAGCACAGGUGCGAAGCUCAGAAGACAGCUUGAGGAAAAACCUGCUGCAGGCCUGGGAACAGCAGCAGCUGAAGGAGAAGCAGCAGGCGGAGAUGCGCAGGGCUCGGGAGCAGCAAGUGCAGCAGCAGGUGGCCCGGUGUCUGGCGGCCUACACGCCAGGAGGGAACAGAGGGACCCUGGGUCCUCAGCGCAAACUAGAGGAGCUGAGGCGCAAGGAGCGACAGCGUUUUGCCGAGUACCAAGCAGAGCUCCAGGGCAUCCAGCAUAGAGUGCAGGCCCGGCCCUUCCUGUUCCAGCAGGCCAUGCAGACCAAUGCCAGGCUCACAGCAAACCGGCGCUUCUCCCAGGUGCUGUCAGCAUUGGGAGUGGAUGAGGAACAGCUGCUGGCUGAGGCAGGCAAUGCAGAGGGCAUCCCCCGGAAACACAGGAGCUACCGGUCAUUUGGAGUAGAAAUGGAGUCCUCUCCUCAGAGUCCCCCAAAGACAGAGCCAACCAGCAGCCAGCCUGGAAGACACCCUUCCCCAACCCUGGACUGAGAGAAAAAUUAAAUGCUUUAUGGCCAA